UCGAUACGCACGCACGUUCGAGUUUUGUCGGCCGCGUUCUUGUUUACUAGCAACACGUGUUCCAUUAUCAGAUGCGUGUAUUUUUUAAAUAAAUAGUGUUUAUAUUUAAUUCUGUAGUGAAGUGUAUUUAUGGAGCGUUCACGGGGAUGCGUGAAAGGCAUUCUUGCCGUUUGUAUAAAACACAUAUUGUCUAUUAUUUUGGUUUUGAGUGCCACGGCGGGAGUUUUUGGCUACGCGGAGUCUGAAUCCACUUUAUCUCUUCUGAGUGACCUGGACAGACCAACACCAUUGUCGCACGUGGAGGGCGUUCUAGGCAAGAAGGCAGCCUUACCUUGUGACAUUCAGCCUUUGUCAGCCGAUGACAAUGUGUCCAUGGUGCUGUGGUUCAGAGUUGAGGACAGUGGGGAACCCAUUUACAGCUACGACGUCCGCCACCGGCCCGGCUCCCUCCCAAGAUUAUGGUCUUCCAGUGCCGGGUUCGGUUCCCGGGCGUUCUUCCGCGCCCAGUCCAAGCCGGCAGCACUCUUCGUGGACGACGUACAUGCCGCAGACGCCGGCAUGUACCGCUGCAGGGUCGACUUUGCCAAGUCCUCCACGAGGAAUGUCAGGGUCAACUUCACUGUUAUAACUCCUCCCGAAAGACCGAACAUUCUGGACUCGAAAACCAGAGAAGCUACUCGAUUGCUGGAGCCUUAUAAUGAAGGGGACACCAUCGAGCUGACUUGUGAGACAUCUGGUGGUGAUCCAAAACCGCGAGUGACCUGGUACCUCGAGAACACUGUAAUCGACGAUUCCUUCGAAUUGAACUCUGAUGGGACCACGUCUAACAACCUGACCUUCCCUAACAUCGGUCGACAGCAUCUCAACGCGAGGCUGGUCUGCCAGGCUUCCAAUACCAACCUUGCGCCACCAGAGACUAAAGUGCUUAUACUUGAUAUCAACUUAAAACCGCUCACCGUGCAGAUUUUGAACAAGAGCGUCCAUCUCUCCGCCGACAGGAGCUACGAGAUUGAAUGCAGGACCACGGGCUCCAGACCCGAGGCGCUAGUCACGUGGUGGAAGGGGGAGAGGCCCUUGAAGAGAGGCAUCAAAAAUUUUUCCGAGACCAACGCUACGACAAGCAUUCUGACCUUCGUUCCAGAGGCUGAAGAUCACGAGCUGGACCUCAUAUGUAGGGCGGAGAACCCCAGGGUACCGCACUCCAUGGUCGAGGACAGGUGGACUCUGAAUGUGCACUUUCUGCCUGUAGUGACUUUGAAGUUGGGAACUAUACUCAACCCAGACGAUAUAACGGAAGGCGUCGAUAUUUACUUCCAAUGCAGUGUCAAGGCGAACCCGAAGAUCACUCGCCUUAAUUGGUAUAAAGAGGAACAAGAAAUCCAGCACAACCCGAGUGCGGGAGUCAUACUGACAGAUCAGUGCUUGGUACUGCAGAGGGUCACGCGGGCAACGAUGGGGGAUUACACAUGUCAAGCUUACAACGGCGAGGGUGGUGCUACGAGCAAUUCUGUAUCAUUGCAAGUCAGAUAUGCACCAAUAUGUAAAUCUGUCAACGAUGGAGAGGUAUACGGCGCUUUGAAAUAUGAGACAGUGCAGUUGCUAUGCAUAGUAGACUCCAGUCCUCCCCCGACCAGCUUUACUUGGACCUUCAACAGUUCUGGAGAGGAAAGCGAUAUACCAGCCAGCCUCUUCACCAUGUCAGACUACACAUCGACCCUGAACUACACACCAAAGACUGACAUGGACUACGGCACUAUAGCCUGCUCCGCAACCAACUUCGUGGACAAGCAAGAAGUUCCAUGCUAUUACAGGCUUAUAGCGGCAGGUCGCCCUAUGGCCCUGCAGAACUGCACAGUAAUGAACCAAACCAGUAGCGGUCUUCUGGUGGAAUGUGUCGAGGGUUUUGAUGGUGGUCUCCCGCAAGUGUUCCAUAUGGAAGUGCUGGAGCUGCCUGCUAUGAGGCUGAUAGCCAACGUCUCGUCCAACCACACCCCGACCUUUGAGCUGCCUGGUCUGAACAGCCACGCAGCCAGCUACGCCUUACUGCUGUAUGCUGCCAACGCUAAAGGGAGGGGAGAAGAAGUGACCCUGUACACUGUGGCUCUAAGACCACCAGAUAAAUAUACCGCUAAUGCGACAAUAAGCCUGUCUCCUGUCCUGAUGACCCUCGUGGUGGUAGCGGUGCUGCUCUGCACAGGCGUUUGUGGGGUCAUAACAGCUUUGUACAGAAGACAUGUCACUAGAAGACUGGACAUGCAUAAGCAACCGCCGUCAAACAAUGAAUUGUACACGGAGCCGAGCCUAGAGUCUUUGACCAAGAAGGAGAAUCUGAGCUCGUACUGCGGAACCUCCAAGCUGCAGUACAGCAGUCAGUUCGAGCUGAAGAUGGACCCAGGGGAGUCGGAGACAGACCCUGACAUCAUUCCGUGCCAUUAUGAUAGAAAAUCAUUAGAAUAUAACAAGGUGAUGCCACCCGACUAUGAAUCUAGUAUGUACUCUUCAAGUUUACCAGUGACAAGUCGCGGGGUGUGCGCGCGCAGCUCCGACAUAGCGGCCGCGACGCGCGCGCGCACCGAAAUCGUCACCACGGCGAGGAAAGUCAGGGAGAGCUGCAUAUAGGUGAUAACUGAGUAAAAAAGUACACCCUGGACUCCUCUCCUGAGUGGUGAGGAUGUAACCAGGACCAACGUCAAAAAUCAAAGAUUAUGUGAUUGUACAUUUUGGAGUUUGUGAAAUAAAUGAUUUUAUAAUGUUGGUUAGUGAAAUACUUUAAAUAUUUAGAUGAUAUGAUAAAACUAAGAUUGAAGAAACAUAGCUGGACGUCGCAGAAGAUGAUAUGCGAGCCAAUGGACUGAAAUCCGAGGACGCCGAAAACUGGACCCAGUGGAGAGAGAAGUCGGAAGGCGGACCCCGGGCCCCGAAACACUUCUGUGGAGGGUGCAGAGAUGAGAGAGAGAGAGAAACGAUUAAACUAACAUUGAAACGUUGGACAUCACUGAAACUGUUCGAUCCCAUAAAUAAAUAAUUAUUUUUAACGUCCGGAACCAAUAUUUCUAUUCUAUCAUCAGUAAAACAUUUCUUGAAAAGAAAUGAACAGAUUUUUACCUGCUGUAAGAGUUGUGAGCGUGACUCUAAAAAACCUGAUAAAAUGUAUAAAUUAGAUAGAAAAAUUUAAGCUGACAAAGGCCUGUUUAAAUUGUUAAAUAAUUAACUAAUAAGAUAUAUAGGAUACUGAAACAAUUCAUAUAAUAAUUGUUUUAUGAACAAACGGAAUAAAAGAGUUGAUAAUUUAAAAUUAAUACAAAGUAACUUUCACCUAAGUUUCUUUAAUAUUUUAUCAAAAUUAUCUACAAAUAGUAGAUUUUAUAAAAUAUUGAUCAUGGUAAUAUUUAUAAGAAUAUUAAGUAAUUGGUAUUUUUUUUUAUUUGAAUUAUGAAACACACUGCAUCAUCUUUGCGGACUUUUGGCUAGAACUAAGAUUUUAAAUUCGCCAACAUGUUUACAGAAACAUUUUUAAUUGAUUCUCAAUUAUCAAUAAGAAAUGUAAUGUAAAUAUAACCUUUGUAAAUAAUGUAUUCAAAUUCCGACUCUUAAAAAGUAGACAAUUAAAUUUUUAUAAGUUUGUCGUCUUCGUCAAAGAGAAAACGCAAUAUCUAACUUAAGAAAUAUAAAAAAUGAAAUUUUUAUUUUUCAAUAAAUUAAGAGUUCGUUCACACCGAGAAGAGACGUGAUAUUUUAAUAAGGCGAGCACAAAAAAUAAACUUUAACUUUUAAACAAAAAGAUUUUGUUGGCUUACGUCUCGUCUUUGAUGUGAACUGAACCUGUUAGUGGUACAUUAAAGCUAGUGUAUGCUCAGAUUUUAUAUUUAAAUAAGGCAUUUCAUUAUUUUUUUUGGGGUUUAUGUUGUAAGGAUGCAUUAAGAAUUAAAAUAUUACGGAUUCUUCUUUUAGGCGAUAGGAUAGCAAUCCAAGAUCCAAGACCCAGGUCAAUCAGGAAUAGUUCGUUUCUCAUUAUGCCCUGGCCGGGAUUCAAACCCGUGACUAGCGGUGUCACAGACAAGCGCACUACCGCUGCGCCACGGAGGCCGUCUUUGCUGUAAAUCCUGAAAAUUCCGUCAAUUUGUGUAGUUUUAUUCACAAGGUGGAACUUCUAUUGUCAUAUAUUAUUCCUAUUUAGAAAUUUAUUGAAUGAAUAAUGUGUUGAAUAGUUAAGGCAUGUUUUGAAAAAAUCUAAAAAUUUUAUUAAAGGCAUUUUAGACGACCUGACUGAUCAGUGCUAGUUAUAACAGAACAUUGUAAA